AGAGGAAAAUGGCGUCGUAAUUGUGGAUGCUAGUUAUAAUUCAAGAAAACCAUGAUUAUCACGUAUAAACAGAAUUCCUAGUUUAUAUAACACCUUAUAUGUUACAAUAAAACAUGGACGCUGUAAAGUCGUUCAACCAGGAGCUCUCGUCUUUGUACGAGGUUAAGCCUCCUAUUUCCAAGGCAAAGAUGACUGCCUUAACCAGAGGGGCAAUUAAAGCUAUCAAGUUUUAUAAACAUGUAGUGCAAAGUGUAGAAAAGUUUAUAUUAAAGUGUAAACCCGAAUAUAAAGUGCCUGGACUGUAUGUAAUAGACUCUAUAGUGAGACAAUCUAGACACCAAUUUGGAUCUGACAAGGAUGUGUUUGCUCCAAGAUUUUCCAAGAAUAUGCAGCAGACUUUUGUCAACUUGUUUAAGUGUCCAGCGGAGGAUAAAAGUAAAAUCAUCAGAGUUUUAAACUUGUGGCAAAAAAAUAGUGUAUUUCCACCAGAGGUGAUCCAGCCUCUUUUUGAUUUAGCAGAUCCAAAUAAUCCCAUACACAAAGAAAUAGAAAAUGCCAUGCAGCAAUCUACCAAUGGUUUAAACAGUACUACAUCGUCAAUCAUCAAAGGUUCGCCUGCACUUCAGAAGACACCCACCAAAGGAUCUCAACAAGGAAACGAGCUUCAUGGAACAACUAGCUUGAAUUUGGGAGAUCCGAGUGUUUUACAACAAUUACAGCAACUGCAAAGGCUUAUUUCGAAAAAUGUGGAAAAUUCAGUGCGGUCUGAACCAGUUCAUUUCGAUAAGAAACUGCUCGAUUUUGAUUAUGGCGAUGAUGACGAUGAUGUACAUCCAUCUCCUAGACCGCAACAACCCAGCGCCGAAUCAUUUUUACCAGUUACAAGUCUUUUGACGAAUCCUGAGGUGUUGAGACAACUCCAGACACUACAGCAAACAAUGGCUAAUGCUGUACAACCGCAAGAAGUUGAUAUGGAUAGGGCGAGAAAAAUGCAAGAAAUGAAACAACAGGAAGAGGAGUUUGAUAAACAUCUUGCCCAAACUGUACCUAAUCUACCGUUUGCGGCCGAAUGCGACUUCCGUAGCACCACAAAUCAUUUGUUGCUACAGAACAAUUACUUCCUUGAAGGAACGGUAGACAAAUCACACCAACCAUCCAAUGCCGAGGUAGAGGUCAUUACUCUGGAUCACGAUGAUUCCCGUUCGCCUUCACCCGCUGAAGACAGAUACAGGAAAAGGCGAAGAAGUCGUUCUAGAUCGAGGGACAGAGGGAGACGAGAGAGGAGACGAUCGCGUUCUAGGUCUGGGUCAAGAAGGCAUAGAUCGCGAUCGAGAGACAAGGACAGGAAGAAGGAGAAGGAAAAGACUAAGGAGGAUAAAGAAAAGGAGACCGAGAAGGAAAGGGAAAGAAAGAAGAGGGGUCUGCCUUCUAUCAAGAAAGAUCAUCUCAGUGUUUGCAGUACAACCCUCUGGGUAGGACAUCUAUCAAAACUGGUACACCAAGACGAUUUAUCCAACACGUUUGGAGAAUUCGGCGAUGUAGUGAGUAUUGAUUUAAUCCCGCCAAGAGGAUGUGCUUUCAUUGUCAUGUUAAGAAGACAAGAUGCAGCUCGAUGCUUAACCAAAUUAAAAGGGCAUAAUUUGCACGGAAAAUCCAUUACGCUGGCUUGGGCUCCGGGCAAAGGUGUCAAAGGUAAAGACCUAAAAGACUACUGGGAGGGUGACUUGGGCGUUUCCUAUGUACCAUAUUCAAAACUCAAACAAGAUAUCGAUAUUGAUUUAUUGGAAGAUGGAGGUAUGAUCGAUGAAGACACGAUGCCGCAAUGGAUGAAAGAAAAAGUAGACAAAGAAAAGAAGCCCGAACUGGACCUUACUGGAUUUGUAGGUGGCAGCACUCCUACUAUCGACACUAGCCAACCGCCACCCAUACCGGGAGCAGGGAUCUUGCAGCCGCCCCCGAUGAUGCCAACAUUCAAUCCCUUUCAGUUUAAUAAUAGAUUGUUGGGCAUGAACGUACCGCCCGGUAUGAUGCCUAACAUGACUAAUAUGUCUACUAUGACCAACAUGCCUAACAUUCCUAUUGGAGUACCACCUCCUAAUAUGACUGGAGCACCUAUGAUGGGUAAUCAAUUGUUGGGACUUGGAUCUGCUUUCCAAGGACCUCCAAGCAUGAUUCCACCGCAGAUUCCCCCUGUGGAGAACAAACCACCAACUAUACCUUCUGAUGCCAAUCUCCAUUCCUUAGGGGAGACUUUAAUGAGUUUGACGCAGUCCUUUGGCGUGGUUCCUCAACCGCCAGCACCGCAUGAAGACACCAUGGAUAUCGAAAUGGAGGAUGCUGAUUCCAAACCAUUAGACAAACCAGCUGUAAAUGAACAGAACUCUAAUAAACCAAACAAUAGAGACGAUGAUAGAAGAGAUAGCAGAAGAGAUGACAGAGAUAGGCGGAAUAGAAGUAGAGAUAGGGGGGAUAGAGAUAAUCGCGACCGAGACCGAGAUAGAAGCCGUGAUCGCCACAGUCGGGACAGAGACAGGGAUAGAGACCGCGACAGACGUUACAGAAACGACAGAGACUCUAGCAGAGGUAGGGAUAGAGAUAGACGAGACGAUCGCCGAGAUAGAGAUAGAGAUCGUGGUAACAGGUGGAGCGACAGGGAUCGUAGAGAUAAAGAUCCCGAGAGAGAUGACAGACGUGACAGGGAGAAAACCUUAAAUGAUCGAUUAAGAGAGAUGGCUGGUAUGGGAGGAGGAGGAUAUGACGAUAGAGAUAGAAGAGGAGAUAGAUUUAACCGCGAUAGAGACCAAGGAUUCAAAUAUGUGCCUCCAAGAGCUAACAGUAGAUCGGACGACGACUUUGGAAGAGAUAGAGAUGGUAGGCAAAGAGAUCGGUUCGAUAGAAAUGAGAAUUCUAGACCGAGAAACGAUUCGAACGAUAGAAAUGAACACAAACGUAACAAUGAUAAGCCCGUACUUGAAGAAAGAGAGGUCACUAAAGUUGAUGAAAAGCAAAUUCUCGAGGAGCAAGCCACAAAAGAAAAAGAAACAGCUCGCGGUCAAAAUAAUGAAGAUAAUUCACCUUCAGAAGAUGAAGUACCACCAGGUACAGAAGAUGGCGGCGAAGGAUCCGAACGAACAUCUGAAAGAAUGGAAGAUACGAAAGAUAUGACAGAAACUGGAGAACAUUCAAAAGGAUCCCUACGAUUUGAAGCUCCAUCCUUCAAUGCUCCACCGAUGUUUGACUUCCCGCCUCCAUUUACCGGCCCCCCACCAUUUGAUGGUCCACCUGGAGUCUUUGAUGCCCCACCUAUGAUGGGUAUGUUUGAUGAAAGGAGAGGUCCACCGAGAGGAUAUUUCGAAAGUGGUCCGCCAAUGUUUAAUGAUAUGGCGAGAGGUAGGGGUCGAGGAAGAGGUAGAGGUGGGCCUAUGAUGCCGAUGGGUAUGAACAUGGAAGGUCCUCCAAUGAUGGAAGGGCCACCUGGAAUGAUGCCUUUCAACGAUCGAUUUAUGAGAGGUGGUAGAAGAGGAGGAAUAAGAGGUCCACCUCCAGGUGAUUUCUUUCCUGGCGAUGAUUUCAGACGAGGUAGAGGACGUGGAAGGGGUCAGUUCUUCAGAGGUAGAGGCAGGGGUGGUUUUAAUCCUCGAUUCGAUGCACCUCCGUUUGAUGGCCCGCCGUUUGAUGGCCCGCCGUUUGAUGGACCGCAGUUUGAUGGACCGCAGUUUGAUGGACCGCAGUUUGAUGGACCGCCGUUUGAUGGCCCGCAGUUUGAUGGACCGCAGUUUGAUAACCCGCCGUUUGAAGGUAGACCCCAAUUUGACGGUCCCCCUGGAAGGUUUAGAGGAGGGCCACCUCGACCAUGGGGAAGACAAGGCCCUGAGAGAGAAGGCAGAAGAAGUCGAUGGGGAAAUGAGUCACCACAACCUGAAGAAAGACAUGAGUAUAAUGAUGUUCCUCCAGGUGUAGAUCCAGGUGAAGAUGAAAUGCAAGAACCAGAAAUAAUCCAAAAUCAAAUGGAAAACAAUAACGAUAUGGACGACAACGAACAAGAAGGGGAUGACCAAGGCGGAGGAGAAGAACACGAAGAAGAAGAGGAGGAUGAACGUGAAGUAGGGGAUGGAGAUUACGAAGAAACAGGAGGAGACUACGAAGAAGGUGGCGAUUGUGAAGAAGAUGGAGGAGGGGAGGAAGAAUAUGAGGAAGAGAUGGGAGAACAGCACCAACAAGAGGAAUUCACCGAAGAUCGUGCAAAUACACCAGUGGAAGACGAGAUGGCACCUCCUGGUGAUUGUGAAGAGCCAUUUGAGGAAGCAGAGCAAGGCGAUGCACCUGAAGCGGAAGAAGGGGAUGCAGAAGAGGCUGAUGCAGCCGAAUGAUAUGUUUAUAUAGACACUUCCAAAAGACUUUUGUGUCGUUGGUAAAAGUAGAGUGCCCAAACUGAGAAUUAAUUUUAACUAAACUUUAUAUUUUCUUAUUUAUUGUAAAAUAAUUACAAUUCUGUUGUCGUGAAAUUAAUAUUCUAGCGAAUAAGAUUUUUUGGAAACUUAUUAUGCAUUAGUUCAACUAUCAUGAAAAGUUUUAGAAGUAACUUUAUACAACAAUAAUUCUUUAUGUAUGAAAUUAUCACAGCUGCCUGUAAUUAUAUUUUAGGCAGAUACAAUACUUAAUACAAUUAUUAUAAAUAGGCGAUGACGUCAUAACUACAAAAUAUACAGCACUGCCCGGCAAUACCGAAAAAGACGAAUAACCUUAUCAAUCAACUGUCAAAUUGAUCAAAUCAAAUUGUUUUUGGUCAAACUGUGAUUCGAAGGUUAAUAAUUUUUUUCUAGACUAUUAGAUUUUUAUAUUAUCUACCAUAUUGUAGUCAUUAGCAAAAAUGUGAAUCUAAGCUGAUAAUUUUUGCUUUGUAUCCGCUAUUUAUUUUGUUUUUCGAUUAUUUCGACAAGAUUAAAUAGAAAUAUACGUUGUUUCUGUUU